UUGAGUCAGGACUAAAUUAACCCCAAGGGCAAAUACACGUAACACCGCCUAUGUCUGCCUCCUGUUUUGAUUUGAUGUUGAGACAGCAUGUCGUUUAAUUUGAGCUCCGUACUAAUUUCCGAUGAAGUUGACCAGAAAUGCGUCAAAAUUCUUCAAGAAAAUGGAAUUAAAGUGUUGAAAAAUUCCAAGCUCUCAAAAGAGGAACUUCUGAAAGAAAUUCCCAAUUAUGACGGACUCAUCGUUCGGUCAGCCACAAAGGUAACUGCUGAUGUCAUCGCAGCGGGAAAGAAACUGAAGAUCAUUGGCCGGGCGGGCACAGGGGUGGACAACAUUGACUGCAAUGAGGCCACCAAAAGGGGAAUCAUAGUCAUGAAUACACCUGGCGGGAAUACUCUCAGUGCUGCCGAGUUAACCUGUACGCUUAUCUGUUGUGUAUCAAGAAAUGUACACAGUGGAGAUCGGGCCAUGAAAGAAAAGAAAUGGUCAGAAAGGAAAGCACUAAUGGGAUCAGAACUCUAUGGAAAGACCCUUGGAAUUGUGGGAUUAGGUCGCAUUGGGAAAGAAGUAGCUCUUAGGAUGCAGUCAUUUGGAAUGAAGACCAUUGGGUUCGACCCAAUCAUCCCAGCUGAGGUCAGUGCGGAGUUCGGAGUUCAGUCCAUGUCUCUGGAAGAGUUGUGGCCCUUAGUUGACUUCAUCACCGUCCACACCCCUCUGAUUCCUCAAACCAAAAAUCUCAUUAACGAUGCAGUGUUUGCCAAAUGUAAGAAGGGAGUGAGGGUGAUCAAUGUUGCCCGCGGGGGCAUUAUUGACGAGGAGGCCCUGCUGAGGGCCCUGGAGUCAGGGCAGUGUGGAGGGGCAGGUCUGGAUGUGUUUACCUCUGAGCCUCCAGCUGAUUUUACACUAGCUCAGCAUCCUAAGGUUGUAGCAACACCCCAUUUAGGAGCAAGCACUUCAGAGGCCCAAGAGAGGGUUGCUGUAGAAAUAGCUGAACAAUUUGUGGAUCUUGCCAAAGGGAAGAAACUCUUUGGAGCAAUAAAUGCCAAUGCCAUGACCAAUGCUUUAUCAGAGGAGUCCAGAGCUUGGGUGACCUUGGGACAGAGGCUAGGUCAGCUUGCAGGGUCAAUAGGAGGUCAAGCGACUGACCAAAUUAAAGUAACUGCAUGUGGUGCCUCUCUGAAACAAGCCGGCUCUUACCUUAGUGCAGCUGUACUAGCAGGUUACUUAGCAACAAAACAACAGGCAGGGGGCGAUGGUAUUAUACUGAAUUUGGUCAAUGCACCUGCCAUGGCCAAAGAACAAAACUUACAGGUGGAAAUCUCCAAUGUUGAUCAAUGCUGCAGGCCCUACUCAGCCUGUGUGACUGUUGACCUUGGGGGUGGGUUAAAGGCCACUGGGACCACUUGUAGCGGAGGGGCUGUUCUCCUGUCACUCCAGGGCCAGGAUUUCCCUGCCCCCGCCACUCUGUCAGGGACCACUGUGGUUUUCUCCGCCGCUGACAAUGCCCAGCUACUCUCUGCUGUAUCUGGUGCUUUUGUAGGGGAAAACGUGACCAGUCUAACCCUGUCAGCUGCUGGGGGUGGAGAUAGGUGGGGUGUGGUGAACUUCUUAGCCCCGCCCUCCCAGAAAAGUAUAGACAACUUGAAGGGCGUGGUCAAAGCCAUGAGUGCUAUUUCAUUUUAAUGAAAGAUAAUUUUAUCAUAGACCUACGCAUUAGUAAAAUUACUUUGAUGCCUAAAAAAUUUGGCAUACAUAUGCAAAGUAUACAUGACACCUUAAUUGUUACCACUCAAUGUUUUGUGCAUUUAUGAAUGUGAAAGGUUUUUAACGAGAGAGAUAAAAACCCAUUUAAAUUCGUUGAAUGUUCUUUAGAGGCCUACUGAAUUGCACAUGUAUAAUUGAUUUGAAGUUAUGGAAAUAAAAUUGAAUUUAGACAUUUUUGCAUC